UCUCAUUUUACAUUGUUUCCUUUGUUAUCAACGUACCUCUAAAUACACUCUACCCUUUAGUUGCACUCCGAUAAAAGAUAUGGCUGGUUUCACUAUUGCACAGGUUCUAGUCCUGAUCAUUGUGGCUACUUCCAUGUUGGCAUUUAGUACGGCCAACAGAGGUGCCCCCCAAUGGCCUUCUAGAGGUGGCCGUUUCCAUCAAUUACCAAAAUGUAAAGAAGGUCCCAAGAAGAUCAUCGUAGGAGGGUCGGAGCAGUGGCGCUUCAACUUUACCUACACUGAAUGGGCUCUCGCUAAUGGCCCCUUUUACAUAAAUGAUACUUUGGUUUUUAAGUAUGACUCGCGUCACAGUGUAUACUUGCUACCAAACCUUCAGAGCUUCUUAAAGUGCGAUUUAAGCCGGGCAACGUUGUUGGGAAACGUGACACAAGGAGGUGGGAAGGGCUUUGAGUACGUGCUGAAAGAGUGGAAGCCUCACUACUUUGCUUGCGGUGAGCACGAUGGCAUUCAUUGCAAUCUCGGACAGAUGAAGUUCUUUGCGAUACCAAUGUUCCGUUGGUGUAGAUAACUAACAGAAAAUGUGCCACAAGAAAUUUAUUGAUACCUACUUUUGCUACUCUCUUUUUUAAGUUUGUGUUGUUUUUGUGUGUUUGUAUUGAAUAAUGAGAGACAUUUUUUCUCCUUCCGCUAGAAGAUUGUGUGACGAAUUCUAAAUGAUUGAGAGGAUAGCUAGCUAGUGAAUAAAUGUACCAGUUACUUGGUAUAUAUUGAUGUUUGGCAUAGGUACGUACUACGUACUACUUAUAUAAACUUCCAUUCUCAAUGUUUUUUUAUAGUAAGGACUCCAUGUAGUAAGAAACUGAAAUAAUCAAAAUUUCAUUAUUUGUGCGCUUUA